AUGUCCGAGCGAAAGGUGCUGAACAAAUACUAUCCCCCGGACUUCGAUCCGUCGAAGCUCAAGCGCCGGAAGGGUCUCAACAAGGACAAGCAGAUGGUCAUUCGUCUGAUGGCGCCUUUUUCCAUGAGAUGUAACCGGUGUGCAGAGUAUAUCUACAAGGGCAAGAAGUUCAACGCCCGAAAAGAGACGGCCGUGGAUGAAGAAUACUUUGGAAUCAAGAUCUUCCGGUUUUACAUCAAAUGCACGCAGUGCUCAUCCGAGAUCACCUUCAAAACCGACCCCAAAAAUGCCGACUAUACCAUGGAGCACGGCGCCACCCGCAAUUUUGAGAACUGGACGGACGCCGACCCAACCGGAAACCGCACAUUCGUUCCCGACGCAGCGGCGGAUGACGACUAUGACUCGGACGGAAACCCUCGGGAGGAUCGGGCGGCCAAGGAUGCUAUGGCGGACCUGGAGCGGAGUCAGGAGCAGUCUCUGCGGGAGAUGGAGCAGAUGGACGAGCUGGCGGAGCUGAGGCAGCGGAAUGCGCGGGUGGAGACGAAUAAUGCGGAUCCGGAGACGCUGCUCGCGCAACUACAUACGGAACGUGCAAAUAAGGCGGAGGAGGAGAGACUGGCGAUGGAGCAAGAGGAGGAUGAUCAGCUGGUGGCGCAGUACUUUGCCAAAGUCCCAAUGGGGCCGCCGGGCUUGCCGUCAUCGGUGAAGGGGAAGGGGAAGGGCAAGGAGAAGGCGGUGGCCCCGCCCGGAAUCGAGCUGGACGAGCCGGUGGAAGAAAGCGAUGGGGAUGACAGCGGGAGCGAAGGCGAAUUGCCGGCUGCUCCGGAUGCAGUCACCAUCAAGCGCCGACCACCUCCCUCCGAAUCGUCCGGAAACGGUAUGGCCGAGCCAUCAGUGGCGAGUCUACUCGCGGCGAAGGGCAAGGUCCUGGAUAGCGGAGCGGCGGCCGGGAGUGGUUCGGGAUCUAGUGCGCAGGCGCAGGUGGUGGCAAAGAGGAAGCGGGAGGGUCUGCAGAAAUUAAUGGGGAUCAAGAAGAAGAAGUGA